AUGUGUAGUCGCGCGCACGCACCUGUGUUGGCACCGGUCACGAUCGCCGUUUUCCCCGUGCAACUUGACCGCACGCGCGUGGUCCCAGCGAGUCCUCUUCUGUGCGCGCACCACGAGCACGAGCACAAGCGUGCACGACGGCCCAAAGAGGGUGCCCGAGGAGUGUCCACCACGCGCCCAGGUUUGCGCGCUGAGGAGAGCGCAAGGCUUUAUCCAGAGGGGGGAAAGGCUUGUUGUGGGGCAGGGCCACGGUCAUCUGUAUAA